AUGGAGGACGCAUUAUUUAAAGAUGGUGAUGAAAAGUUACAACAACAAUCAGUGUCUACGACAACAGGUGGUGGUGGACAUCAAGGACAUCAACAUCAAGGACAUACACACGAACUAUCAGGUGAACAUAAAGGUCAUGAACAGUUACAUGCAACGAUUAGUUUAUGGUUGAUCAUGCUGUCAGUGGCAGCACAGCUGCUAUUGUUGUUGUGGAAACAUUACUCUGCUAGAACCUAUCUAAGAGCGUCGCUGAUUGGCAUGUGGCUAUUCCCAAUUCUAUACAGUAUCUAUUAUGGCUAUAUUAGAAUGAUCAUCAUAUGGACACUAUUCAGUUUGGCAAUAGUCUACUUGUAUCGUCUCUCUAUCGAACAACCACUACAACGAACCACUCCAAAGAUUGUAUACAUGUGGUUCUACUCGAUUUAUUUAAUUUCUUAUUUCAUUACAUUCUUGGGAUACAUUGGUUUGAUGUGUGCAAUGUUACAAAUCAAUAUUCCAAUCUUAUCUAAAGGUUCACUUGAACUAUUAUUUUAUGGUUUAUAUUUUGGUGUACUUGGUAGAGAUUUUGCAGAGAUUUGUUCAAAUAGAAUAGCUUCGAUUUUAGGAUUGGGGGGCUCGAGAUUGCCAAUUACAAAGGCAUCUAAUAAUUAUUGUGCUGUUUGUUCAGGGUAUUUGGAUCCCAAUGCAACCACUACCAAUUCAGCUAGUGCUGGAUUGAUGAACCCAACCUCUUCCUUUUCCGAUCACAAUAAUGACAAGGAUCGAUCAGGAAGAAUCAGUAGAAUAGUAGAUAGAACAAUGAACAUCAUUUUUAGUAAAAAGAGUUGUAAAUUGGAAUGUGGACAUAUGUUUCAUCUUUGGUGUAUCAAAGGAUGGUAUUUAAUUGGAAAACAUGAUCAUUGUCCAAAUUGUAAUGAAAAGGUUGAUAUUAAAAGUUUAAGUACAAAUCCAUGGGAAAAGACAGAUUUUGCAUGGGGUAUUUUAUUAGAUGUUGUUAGAUUCUUGAUAGCGUGGAAUCCAUUAGUUAUUAUGGUUUCAAAAGGAAUUAUUUAUGUUUUCGAUAAAUAA